GUCAGCGACUCUCCUUCUUUUCUUUUCUCUUCUCGAAACCCUUCUCUCUUCUUCAUCCCUUCCUUCCUCUACAGCUCUCUCUCUCUCUCUCUCUCUCUCUCUCUCUCUCGCACGGUGGAGCAACCUGGACUGCUUUAAAUAGGAUCCAUGGAAAUCACACUUUCCAGAGUUUAACAAGAAGUCCGUCAUCAUCUUUCUAUUCGAUUUUUGUCAGCUUAGAAGACUUUUAGGCUUUUCCUUCUCCGAUCGCAAUUGCUUGGAGAGGAGGUAGCUAGGCUAAAGGAUGGCUGGAAGCUGGGAUGGAAGCCAGUCAGACGACAGCUCUCAUUUCGAGCGAGGCGUCGAUCACAUCUACGAAGCAUUCAUCUGCCCUUUAACAAAGGAAGUCAUGCACGACCCCGUCACUCUGGAGAACGGUCGAACAUUCGAGCGCGAUGCCAUUGAGAAAUGGUUCAAGGAAUGUUCAGACGCUCGUAAACCUCCUUCUUGCCCCAUCACUUCUCAGACGCUCACUACCGCUGAUGUUAGCCCCAGUAUCGCUCUCCGUAACACUAUCCAAGAGUGGAGAUCAAGGAACGACGCUGCCAAGCUCGACAUUGCUCGUCAGGCGCUCUUUAUAGGAAACGAUGAGUCUGAUGUUUUGCAAGCUUUGAUGCAUGUGAGGCAGAUCUGCAGGAGUAUCCGAUCCAAUCGGCAGGUUGUGCGUAACUUUCAGCUUAUCCGUAUGAUCAUUGAUAUGUUGAAAAGUAAUAGCCAUAAAGUGAGGUAUAAGGCUUUGCAGACUCUUCAAGUUGUUGUUGAAGGAGAUGAUGAGAGCAAGGAGAUAGUAGCUGAAGGGGAUACCGUGCGUACACUAGUUAAGUUCUUAUCUCAUGAGCCAUCAAAGGGGAAGGAAGCAGCUGUUUCUUUGUUAUUUGAGCUCUCCAAGUCUGAAGCUUUGUGCGAGAAGAUUGGUUCGGUUAAUGGAGCACUUAUUUUAUUGGUCGGACUGACGAGCAGCAACUCAGUAAACGUCUCCGUUGUUGAUAAAGCUGAUAGAACAUUAGAGAAUAUGGAGAAGUCAGAGGAAAUUGUUAGGCAGAUGGCUUCUUAUGGUAGACUCCAGCCUCUUCUAGGCAAAAUCCUUGAAGGUUCACUUGAAACAAAACUCUCCAUGGCUAACUUUCUUGGGGACCUUGCCUUAAACAAUGAUACGAAGGUUCUUGUGGCUCAGACUGUGGGCUCUUCUCUGGUUGAUCUUAUGAGAAGUGGGGACAUGCCCCAACGUGAAGCCGCCCUGAAAGCUCUCAACAACAUCUCGUCGUUCGAAGGGAGUGCUAAGGUUUUGAUCGGGAUAGGGAUUCUCCCUCCACUGAUCAAAGAUCUGUUCUAUGUAGGCCCAAACAACCUUCCAAUACGGUUGAAAGAAGUGUCGGCCACUAUUCUCGCUAACAUAGUGAACAUUGGAUAUGACUUUGACAAAGCCACUCUUGUUUCGGAGAACAGAGUGGAGAGUCUUCUGUAUCUGAUAAGCAACACUGGUCCAGCGAUCCAGUGCAAGCUGUUGGAGGUUCUUGUUGGACUCACCAGCUGUCCUAGAGCGGUCAUACAUGUUGUCUCUGCUAUUAAAACCUCAGGUGCAAUCAUCAGUUUGGUUCAGUUCGUGGAAGUCCGAGAGAAUGAUGCUCUGCGUUUGGCUUCCAUAAAGCUUCUUCAUAACCUCUCCCCGUUCAUGAGCGAAGAGCUAGCCGGGGCGUUGCAAGGUACUUCUGGACAACUGGGGAGCCUUGUUGCCAUCAUCUCAGAAAAGACCCCAAUCUCUGAAGAACAAGCUGCAGCUGCUGGACUCUUGGCUGAGUUGCCAGAGAGGGAUCUGCGUCUCACUAGGGAGCUCUUGGUAGUUGGUGCUUUUGAGAAAAUCAUCUCCAAAGUGAAUGGAAUCCGCCACGGGGAGAUCAAAGGGAUGCGGUUUACGAUGAAUUUUCUUGAAGGGCUUGUGCGUAUACUCUCCAGGAUCACUUUUGCAUUCAACAAUGAGCCUAGAGCAGUCACCUUUUGCCGUGACUACAACGUUGCUUCGCUCUUCAUUCACUUGCUUCAGUCCAACGGUCAAGACAACAUUCAGAUGGUUUCAGCCAUGGCUUUAGAGAAUCUUUCGCUAGAGUCUGUAAGACUCUCACAGAUACCUGAUCUCCCUCCUCCAAACUUCUGUGGCUCCAUCUUUUCAUGUAUGAGCAAACCGCCCAUUGUAACCGGGCUGUGCAAGAUCCACCAGGGGAUAUGUUCUUUAAGAGAAACGUUUUGCCUCGUUGAAGGCGAAGCUGUGGAGAAACUGGUGGCUCUGUUGGAUCAUGAGAAUGAUAAAGUGGUGGAGGCUUCUCUUGCAGCUCUUUCGAGCUUACUAGAAGACGGGUUAGAAGUAGAGAAAGGUGUCCAGAUACUUGAUGAAGCGGACGGGAUAAAACAUAUACUAAACGUUCUGACUGAGACACGAACAGAGAGGCUUACGAGGAGAGCGGUUUGGGUGGUGGAAAGGAUCUUGAGGAUUGAACAAAUAGCAAUAGAGGUGGCGAAAGAACCGAACGUGAGCGCUGCGCUUGUGGAUGCUUUUCAAAACGGUGACUUCAGAACAAGACAGAUCGCUGAGAACGCGUUGAAACACAUUGAUAAGAUCCCAAACUUCUCAGCUAUAUUACCAACCAUGGCGUAGUGGGAGAUGAUGUCCUAUUAUCUGUCCAGUGAGUUUUUACUGAUUUUAUAAAACUUUUAAUGGGGGGUUUUGAGGGGGUUUAUUUGUUAAUAGCAUCCAGUUUUUUCUUUCGGGUUAUAUAUUGUAAAUUUAUAUUCUUGUUUGCGUGUGCUGUAAGGUAUUUGAUUUGAAUCAUUUGAUCGGUCUCAGUCUCAGA